CCGAAACCUCGAGAAAUAAUUCCCAUUUGCGCUUUUCCACUGCCGAGAGCUAUCUUUCUUCAGAACCGCAAAAACAGCAACCUCACGACGACACACCCCCCCUCCCGAAACAUCCACGAAGGUCUCAAAGCCACCCGAUAGGCUUUUCACAUACGGCCAAGCAUACAUACGAAAAAGCGCAAUCACGAUGGCGACGGCGAUACAAGCUCUCAAGGGCGAUGCGCCGCAGCAGGCUCGGUCUCUGUACCGCCAGCUGCUGAAGACGGGCGACCAGUUUGCGGCCUACAACUUCCGCGAGUACGCGAAGCGCCGGACGAGGGAUGCCUUCAGGGAGCACCAAAAGGUCGAGGACCCGCGGCAGGUGCAGGAGUUGAUCCAGAAGGGGAUUAAGGAGCUUGAGAAGCUCAAGAGGCAAACCGUUGUCAACCAGUUCUUCCAAUUUGAUCGGUUAGUGGUCGAGGGCGGCGCCGCUGGCAAGCAAAAGGGCAACAAGGGCGGUAUUGUCAGACAAACGGAGCAUGGCUUCGACUAAAUGACCGAAACUCCUGGGAGCGCGGAGCAAAAGCCCAACCUAAUAACGUCGCGAGCUCAAUGGAACCAUGACUCGGGAUCUUUUCUGUACUAUAUACUCAAACCAGGGGGUCGGAAGACAAGAAAAAAACCGGCGGAGGGAUCGGGGUGUAUGACCAUUAAAAGGGGGCGAGGAGGAGUCAAGAAUAUUCUCUCAACUUUUAUGAAAGAAAGGGGGAGGGACCCGGCGCGGCGGCAAUUACUCCCCAAAUGAAAGUCACUCCUCUCUGGAGUGUUGUCUUCUUUUUUUAUAAUCUCCAACCAGG